CCAAAGAUCUUUGUUCACUUGGCCCGCUGGCACUGAGCACGCACUCGCCGCCUGUUCCAGGGGGACCUGUGCUUGUCGCGGUGAGCAAAGAAUAACAAGAAAAUUUUCAUAGUAUAACCGCCUUGCGUGUUCCCCCUCUUGUGUUUCCUUCUUCACCAACCAAGUUUCGUCACAGUUUCUGGCUGUUUACCACCUUCAUCAUGUCAGACAACAUCGAGAGAGAACAGCAAGGUCGACCCCUGCGAGUUGAUCGUGCAAGACCAUCAGCACGCGCAAUCGAAGAACAAAGAAUGCUCUCUGCUCUGGGAGAAUUUGAACAAGCAAGGUCAGCCGUAUCGUCUGACAUUUCCGUCGACGCCCCAACAGAGCCAUUUCCAGACUUUGACCCCGCUUACACCGGCCGUGACGAUAGAGUUCCUGGCGUCUAUCGCAACGAGGAAGAAAGACAAGUGUCUGCUCGAAGACUACGCAGUCUUGGUGUCAGAGAAUCGCAGUUACCAACAGCACUUCCAUCUCGACCUGUCCAGAAUCGCCGAUCGCGACUCCCAGUUCCUAUCUCAGGCACGUUUCGAUCUGCUGCAAUGUCAGACCAAGGAAGGCGUCCGCUUCCGUCCUAUGAACCGUCUGGUGAUCCUUACUCUCACUCUGCUUCUACUAGCAAUCGUACUCAGCACCAUCAGCGCACCUACUCUGACCCGUUCGAGUAUGAUAACAUGCAACUACCUGCUCAUAUCCUCGAAUACCAAGGAGGCAGUGAUGAUGAUGAUGAACAGCUCAAUUUGAAUAUGCCAGAUCCUUCCAGUCCGAUCAAGGUCAAUCGUGCUCCGCCUGCGCGACCUACUCUUGGUCAGCAUCUCUCGCAGCUCAGCAUUUCUGGCACUGGAGACUUCGGUCUUGGAAUCUGGACCAGCACCCAGACAGCCAGUCCCACAGACGUCGAUGACUUAUUCACUGGCAGCGUAUCCCAGGGACAAGAGUCUUCACAGCAGGCAGAAGGACAGCGCACGCCACGCAACAAGGGCAAAGCCAGAGCCCGAGGCGGUGAUUAUGAUGACCCUGACAGAACUCCACGACCUGAUGAUGCUCCUCUGUUUGGCGCCGAUGGCCCUACGUUCGUCCAGAGGGACCGCAAGCCUGCUACUGCUGUCACUAUCGCAGAGAGAUAUGAGCAUCCGAUCGUCUCCAAAGAUCCUAACAACCCUUUCCCAGAAUUCCACCUGUCUGAUACAUACGGGGAGAAGGACCCUUAUCGCCAGGCAUACCUCUUUGUGCGUGAGAGUCUCGGCCAGCUGUACAUGAUGUGCACUGCCAAAGAGCUCCCUCAGUCGCCCGACCUGCUUGACUUUGAUACUCAGAGAUCUCGAUAUGAAGGAAAGUCUCCAACUUCGUCCUUCGGUAGUGGUAGCAACAUGAGCCCCACAUCACCUUUGACAGUCAUCGACUCCAACGCUGGUGCCAUCGCAGGUCCCCGAGAUGCUAGCACGUCCUUUGGAUCGAUGCGUUCUGUAACCGGUCCUACUGGCCCCGUCUCCCCCACUGAAGCUCGUCGCCCUCCAAUAACCCAACGAUCUAUCACAACUUCUUCCAUGCCGCAAUCAUCAUCCCAAAUGUCAGACACCGUGUAUGGUGCAGACUCCGACGCCGCCCGCACCUCGACUUCUUCAAUGGACUCUGACAAAGCCACACAGUCCAGCAAGCACAAGGAAUUUGUGCACCGCGCACGCAGCAACGAAUGGUCCGACCAAACCAACGAGGUCUCGCUCUGGUUCAUCGCACAGUACUUCCUCCGAGAAGAAGCAAACCCCGGCGCAAAGCUGAACAGGGACGGAUCCGUCGACGUCAAGAAGUUCCUCGAAGCCGAAGAGGCCCGCAACGCACUGACAUCCCUGAUUGACGAGGAGAACGACAAGAUCAGGCUGGAGAUUCGCACCAAACUCCUGAAUGGUGGCCUCGACGCCGCCGAGCGCACCGCCUGCCUCGGCAUCCUCCGGGGCAUCCGCAUGACCGAGGACGAGCGCAUCAAGAAGUGCGACCCCUCCACCGCCCAGUGCGUCGCCGCCUGGGCCGUCGUCUUCACCGAGUGGGCCCAGAAGCGCGACGAGGUCGUCAUCAAGCUGCGCCGCGCCAGAUACCUGGCAAAGCAACAGCAGUGGAUGUCCCAUCUCGCGGAGAUGGAGGAGAGGGAGCUGCUCCGUCGCCGCCGCCAACACCCCUCCACCACCACCACCACCUCCCCCUCCUCCUCCUCCUCCUCCUCCACCGCCACUUCCGCCGCCGCCGCCGCAUCCGCCCUUGCCGCCGACGCGAGGGCCUCGGAGCAGAGGGCCGAGCGCAGGCUGCGCGAGGCAGACGCCGAUAUCAGGGCGUAUCGUCUGGGCGAGCGCGUCGUUCUCGAUAACGACGCCAGGCUUCGCAUGACGCUCGCGGCUCGGCGCGAGUCGAUUCGUGCCCGCUUGGCCCUCCUCCAACAGCCCCCGCAGUAGAGAGUGUAGCAAUAUAUCCAAUGCGUGUGCUUUCUGAAACUUGCUUCCUGGUGCCUAGUCUUUGUGAUUGUGUGUGGGUGA